CGGCCAUUUUUGUUGUUUGACUCUCGCUGUCUCCGUGUCCGUUUGUCUCUCUGUAACUUCAAAAAUAAAAAACUGAAAGAAACAGAAUCUCCGCGCAGAAAGUAAGAGGAACUUCCACAGAGAGAAAGAGAAGAGAGAGGGAGAGAAACAGUGGAGUUUUAGAGAGAAGGAAGGGAGAUGACGGUGAUAGACUUGAUCACGAGAGUCGACGCAAUUUGCAAGAAAUACGAAAAGUACGAUAUCGAUAAGCACAAAGAGGCCAACGUCACCGGCGAUGACGCUUUCGCCCGCCUUUACGGCGUCGUUGAGUCCGAAAUCGAUGCCGCUCUCCAGAAAUCGGAAGCUGCUGCAACGGAAAAGAGCAGGGCUACGGCGGUUGCUAUGAAUGCGGAAAUUCGUAGAACAAAAGCUCGAUUGCUUGAGGAACUCCCCAAAUUACAACGACUAGCUCUCAAAAAGGUAAAGGGGCUCUCAAGAGAAGAGCUUGAAGCUCGAAACGAUUUGGUUUAUUCACUGAAAGAUAGGAUUGAAGCAAUACCGGAUGGAUCAACAGCUGCAGCCAAGCAAAGUGGUGGUGUUAGUGGUGGUUGGGCAGCUUCAUCUUCUUACACUGGAAUUAAAAUUGACUCAUCUUCAGAAGAGGCAUUCGAAAGUGAGUACUUUCAACAGACUGAAGAGUCUGACCGCUUUAGGCAAGAGUAUGAAAUGCGCAGAAUGAAACAGGAUCAAGGUUUGGAGGUUAUAGCAGAAGGCUUGGACACUUUGAAAAACAUGGCUCAUGAUAUGAAUGAGGAAAUAGACAGACAAAUGCCACUGAUGGAUGAAAUAGAUGAGAAGGUGGAUAGGGCAGCCUCUGAUCUGAAAAACACGAAUGUGAGACUUAAGGAUACUGUUAACCAGCUGAGGUCAAGCCGCAACUUUUGCAUUGAUAUCAUCCUCUUGUGCAUAAUUCUUGGUAUUGCUGCUUAUUUAUACAAUGUGUUGAAAUGAGACAAUCUUUCUACAUCAAGUACCACGAUUUUGCUCUUCUGUUCUGGAAACGAGUUUGUAUGGAUUUUGAAUCAACUUCUCCACUUUACUGGUAUAUAUAUACUGUGAGUUAAGCAUUUUAUAUGUAUUUGAUACUUGUUGUAAUCAUGUAUUCUACUGUAAGAUAAGCCUAAUAUUUUCACAUCAUACAGCUAACAGGAUCCAUUUGGUAGCUUAGAGCCAACCCAUGGUGUUGUUAAGAAAAAUUUACUUCAAUGUACAAAAUAGAACUGUUGAGGA